AUGUUGGGCCGAGGGUUCUUGUGUGAAAUUCGUUCUAUGGACACCACAGACGCCGUGGAGGACGUACACAAACGGCUUCUAAAAGUUCUCAAGGAUGAGUUUGAGCGUCAAACCCCCUCGACACACAGUUUGUGUCAGUGCUCCGUGUUGUGUGGCGCGUUCUGUCGUAGAUUGGCGACUUUAGACGCCUCUGGCGUGAAGGAUGCUGUUAAAUACGUGGAGCUGCUUCGCUUAGAGCUGAGCAGUCGGCUUUCGCCUGUUCAGGAGGCGUCAUUUUUCGCCUACGCGCUGGGUGAGAUAGAGGCCUUUUCCACGAUGCGACGCGUGAGAUACCGCCAGCGUCUCGAUGCGCUAACAAAGUCCGUCCCCGCAUCUCGGUGGGACGUGGAAAAGAUUACAGACGUAAUGCAGGAAUUAUCGGCCUCCGACUGGCGUCCGGAGGCUGUGCGCGGUUACCACGAAGUAGUUAAGCGACCCCGAGAGGUCGGUGAGGGCGGCAGUGACGGUGUGCCAAUGCCGGUGCGCUGGCGACUUCCCUUGCGCGAUCCGAUUUCGUUGCUGGUCAUAGCGGUUCCUGCCAGGGGUUCGUUGUGUCGGCACAAGGAGGUCUUUGACAUGGUGGCGUUCGUGCGCGCCACUCAGCAGGCAGUGCUGCGUCGGAGGGAGUGCGUGGAGGAAACGGCAAACCCGAGGUGGGGUUCUGGUGGCGACGAGGACUUGCCGGCGCUGGCGUGCCCAGUUUGCGGCAGGGCCGCUCCGUUGCACAGCGUGCGUGUUGACGAACCUAUCCUAGAGGCCAUGCGCCAGCAUGCUGCGCGGGGAGGCACUCUUUCGUCGGACGACUGCGUCGUCUGGGACGACUCAAGGUCCGCCUACGACGUUGUGGAGGCUCCUGCUGCCGCACGCGUGGCGGGCGAGAGGUUGGAGGAGGCGCCGGAGAGAGAGCCGAACCGUCCGCUGCGGGUGGUGCAGAUUGAAGGCCACGUGCUUUACGCAGAAGAAUGA